CACCGUCUAAGUCGUCGAGUGAAUAGCUUUAGCACCCCCGCGAUAUCUUUCUCUGACGGUCAUUAAAAUCACGCUCGUCACGUGGUAAUCGAUGACAACUGCAGCAUGCUCUUAAACCCAAAUAGUUGCAUUUUCGACGGUGAUAUUUCGCGUUGCUAUGUGGCGUCAUGGCCUCGUCAUUUUCUUAUGCAAACCUAUUAAUUUUUGAACUGGGAGCCUAUAUCACAUUCUAAAACUCUUCUUGAUACAUUCUCUUACUAAUUGAAAUGAAUAUUAGUGUGUGGUUUUAUGUGAAUAACUGGAAAUACUGAUGGUAUAUCCGUAAAACAUGCUGUGUAAUCUACGUGACUUUCAAAAUGGUGUCUGUUCAAACAAAGCACUGUGUGUUGGCUGUGAAUUCACUCGGUUCUUCAUUGUUUCACCACCGUUUUUUUGAGGAAAAUCAUACAACAAUCGACGAAUAGUCCUUGUUGUUGUUUACAUUUUAGAUAUCGCGCGUUUUCAUACUUUAAAUUGAUUGAUCUUGGCCGAAUCACUGUCACGGUUGAUGGGUAGAGGGGAUCUCUAUUGAAAUAUUGAAGUCGAUGUGGGUUGAAUGUAAUUUUGUUAUAACUACCUAGCAUAUUUUCCUACUUCGUGUAUUCAAAAUUCACGUUUUUGAUUGUACCAUUGAUGUUAUGGAGCAGUUUAUUUUAAUUUUCAAAGGUUCCAGAAUGAGCUGCCGAAGAAGAUCAAGUCACGCGGCAAGGACGCCCACCUGGUUCACGAGGAGCUGGUACAGUGCAUGAAAUGGAAGCAGACCAGGGGCAAGUUCUUCCCGCAGCUCUCCUACCUGGUGAAGGUGAACACGCCGCGCGCCGUCAUGGCCGAGACCAAGAAGGCGUUCCGCAAGCUGCCCAACCUCGAGCAGGCCAUGCAGGCGCUGUCAAAUUUGAAGGGUGUCGGCACGACCAUGGCCUCGGCCCUCCUGGCGGCCGCCAGCCCCGAGACGGCCCCCUUCAUGGCCGACGAGUGCCUCAUGGCCAUCCCCGACAUCGAGGGCAUCGACUACACGGCCAAGGAGUACCUCAAGUUCGCGGGGCACAUCAGCGCCGCCGCAGACAGAUUGAACGGGGAGAGCGCGGCGGCGGGCGAGCGGCCGGACGCGGUCGUGUGGUCGCCGCACAAGGUCGAGCUGACGCUGUGGACGCACUACGUGGUGAUGGAGCACAAGCCGGACCUGCUCUCUAGUAUCUUCGCCGGUUCCCCCCUCGAGAACGGCAACGCCCUGCCGCCUCCGGCCGCCGUCCACCGGAACGGCGACUCGCUCGACCCCGCCGCCUCCGACGAGAGCAACCAAGGCGUCCCCGUCAACGGCAAGGCCGGCCUGGAGGAGGAGGAGGACACUGCCGCCUCCUUCCCCGAUGACAGUCCGCCGUCCGUCGACCACAACGACGAGACGAACGACAGCGUCGUGUCGGUGUCGGAAUCCACGAAGGAUUCGGUCGUCUCGGAGGACUCGAGCAGUCUCGGCGACUUCACCAAGCGGCCGCUCGAAGAGGAUUCCGUCCAGCCUUCUAGCAAAAAGUUACGAGAAGACUCGGGCGACAAGUGACAAAUGCGUAACUACCUUUAAAUAUUAUUCUUUUUUACUUUAUUUGUAA